UGGCAAUAACCGCGAUACAAAAGUUUAUUUUCUUUAGUUCCUUGUUUUAUUAUGUUUACUGUGUUACCGACAUGUCGGAGGAAACAUGCGAAACCAUACCGUCAGAUUUGCACCUAACAAAAGAGGAAUACGAUGAACUAGGUAGGCUGCAAAGAACUUGUAAUGGCGAAAUAGCAGUUAAUAAAUGCGAGGGAUCCUGUAAAAGUCAAGUGCAACCAUCUGUAAUAACGCCAACAGGAUUUUUAAAGGAGUGUUACUGUUGCCGCGAGAGCUACUUGCGUGAAAGAAUAAUAACUUUAACGCACUGCUACGAUCCUGAUGGUGUUAGAUUGACAGGAGAAAAUAAUAAUGCAAUGGAUAUUAAGUUAAAAGAACCGGCAGAGUGCAAAUGUUAUAAAUGCGGCGAUUUCAGCCGAUAAUUUGUUAUUUUAACUAUGUUAAUUUAUAUUUUCUACAUUAAAUUUGUUGUAAAUGCUUUUUGUAAAGAUUUUUGUAAAAGAUAUGGCAG